AUGUUCAGUGCGCUGGGCCUGUGGGAUGAGACUGAGGACCAGGAGACUCAGCACGACAAGCCGCUCAGGACUGAGCGCGCACACGGCGCGCGUCAAAGCACACGCGGGGACGUCGCUCACAAUGAAGCCGCACUGAGCCACACCUCGGAGCCUGAGAGCCCAGUCGCCGAGGGCUGGGACACCGUCCAGGCCGUCUGUGAGACCUUCGGCACGGCUUCGGCGGCCCUUGGCGAGGCCCUCGACGUGGGCGCGGCGGCCGCGCGCGGCCCGCCCGCCCCGGGCGGCGAGGCAGCGGCCGUGACCUCGCCCGAGGAGCCCGCGCGGGCCGCCCUCGCAGCGCCGCUCAGCGGGGGCUCGCGGAGCCCGCGCGUGGCUGCGGGCCGGCAGCUCCGCGAGCUCCUCGCGGGCGGAGCAACGUCGCCCGGCUCCGCCGGCGGCGCGGCCCCAGGAGCGCCCCGCGGCCGUUGGGGCGCCAGCGGCGGCCCGGGCUGGCACGGCUCCUCACUGCUAGAAGGUGCGCUCAUCUGGGAGGAGGCCACGGGCGCGGGACGGCGCGCGGCAGGCAGUGAGCGCGAAACGGGAGCCGCAGGAGGCGCGGAGUGUGCAGUGGAGGAAGACCGCCUCGUGCCUGUCCGGCUGGGGCACGAGAAGCCACGAGGAGACCUCGGGCCGCGAGCAGCGGCCCGCCCGCAGGAGCGAUCGCCGAUGCCGCGGGUGAGCGCCUGGGCGCUCCCAGGCGCAGGUCGCCCGAGGUGCGAGCAGCACUGGGGGCGGGCGUGGCGACCCCGAGGCAGAUCGCCCUCCGCAGCCAGAAGCUCAAGGGCAGCAGGGAGGCCGGAGCUCUGA